GAUCAUAUGAUGAGUGUUUUUUUUGGUGGUACUUCAUAUCAAAUGACUUAACAAACAAAUAAGCUGUAAAACCUAUCGACCACGUCAUUGUGCUAUUGCCCGUGAAUUUGUGAAGAUUUUUGACAAUCCUUAAGAAAAUAUUUCUGAACAUUGCUCUUGCAACAUGGGUGUUGGUGUAAAGGUUGCUCAAACGCUGUUGGUAGCGUUCAACUUUGUAUUUGUGCUUAUUGGAAUUGGUAGUAUAACUGUCGGCAUCGUCAUACAUUUCAAGUAUAAUGAUUACGAAAAUCUUUUGUCAAAAGAUAUCGGUGCAGUGCCGAUUCUUCUGAUUUCUAUUGGAGGUGUGAUAUUCCUAGUGUCAUUCUUUGGAUGCUGCGGAGCUUGGAGGAAGAGUGUGGUUAUGUUGACCAUUUACAUCUUUCUUUUGUCGCUGUUGCUUCUCUUGGAAAUCGCCGGUGUUAUUUCUGCGUACUUCUUUAAAAGCAAAUUAAGAAAGUAUGUUGAGACAGGAAUGAAGGAUGCCAUAAAACAGUACAAUGACACCAAAUACCAAAAGGCCAUUAACAAAGUUCAACAAAAGUUUGACUGCUGUGGUGCAACAAAUUCCAGUGAUUAUAUAAAUCAGAAAAUUCCCAGCUCAUGUUGUAAGACACCCAUGAAUGUAAAUGGCACAUGUGAAUUUCAGUCAAAAGGUUGUGCUGAUAAAUUAUUUGACUACCUUGACGAGCAUCUUGCAAUUGUCGGAGGAAUUGUUAUUGGAGUCAUUGUUGUUCAGCUUUUUGGCAUCAUGUUUGCCUGUGCUGUUCGUCGUAAUGCAAAAGAAGGCUACGGCUAUGUCUAAAGACAUCUUGUUAUUUGUCGUGUAAACUGAUUUUCUAAAAGAGGAAACUUUUUCACUUUGUAAUUUAGCUGCUGGUAAUUACUAGUUACUGGUGUGAGAUUCUUGAUCUAUUGGAAUAUAAUACAUUUUGAAACAUAUUACUUUAACUAAUUACAUGAAGUUCAUUAUUGAAUGAUUUUCUUCCAA